AUGACUCUUACGAUGAUUCAAACCUCAACCCAGUUCGAAGCGGAUCAGCUCUACAACGCCAUUCACUACUCAGAUUUCGCCUAUGACUACACAACGGCGGUUUCAGCCUAUUUGAAAGACUUUCCUGCUCUCCCCUCCGUUCCGACCACCGAAUACUCCUACGCACCAACCUCAAUACCUACUUGGUGGUCAGACUUCACGCACAGUACACUUUUGUCAGACAUGACUUAUCUAGUCUCACCAAGAGAGUUGAAAUCUCUGAUCGAAGCCGAAUUACACCAAGGUCUCACGCAGUCAGCUAUCCUCCAGCACUGGAUGAAGAGAUCUGGGAGCGAAAUCCCGCUUGGCAGUGCCGCUGCAGCCGCAGCACUCCAAGACGCUAUCAUCGUGGCCUCUGAUGCCGAGUGGUACGAGCACGAUGACCAUUUCAUCACGGAACUCGGAAUAUCUGUUCUCGAUCCGCGUUCCGUGCCACAACCAUUUUCCUCAUCACCAUGGGGUAUUCUCACCAGCAUGGAGAACUACCACGUGCGCAUCAAGCCCCACGCACAUCUCACCAACAAAGACCUCUGCGAAGGGCAUCCAGAUGCCUUUCAAUUCGGCAGCACAACCUUUGUCAGCGUGAAAGAAGCGAAAGAAAUGCUGCGCAGCAUUUUCACUCGCCGAGACAUAUACGGUAACCUACGUCCAAUAAUCUUCGUAGGCCACGCCGUCUCAAACGACUACGAAGUCAUAAAAUCGCGCUUUGGUCUCGACCUUGAAGAAAUCGGCACCAUCGUCGCAACAAUCGACACACAAGUGCUGGCCGUAGAGCACGGCCUCGUAAACCCAUCCCGCAAAAUCCGCCUUGCACAUCUCCUCGCCGAAUACGACAUCAAAGAACCAUACCUUCACAACGCCGGCAACGACAUCGUAUGCACCAUGAUCGCCGCCUUCCUAAUGCUUUGUCCUCCAACCCAAACCCCGCUCAACAAACUCCACUACGUGGACCUCAAAGCGCAACUCCACAAUGCGGGCCAAACCGCCAUCAAAGAAGGUCGCGGCUACGGCGUCACGCACGCGAAGACUCUACGCGUAUUCGGCAAGCGCUUCUUCUCCACUCUCAAGACCACUCUAAUGGCGUCCGAUCUCGCGAAGCUCGACGGCGUCUCUCGAAGUGCGCGACUAGCCAAAUACGUCAGGACCAUCCUGAUCAAGGACGACCAAGAAAAGGUCAUGCGGUCUGUUCUCUCGAGCGAAGCAGCCAUUGCUAAGCCCAUUGGCGCGGACCGAGAAGAGAUAGAAAGUGGCGUAGCGUCGUUGUACAUUAUGGAUUCGCAAGAUCACUUGAUCAAACGACAAUGUUAUCAAGAUCCAGAAGAGCUAGCGAGAUUGAGAGCGACAUAUCGCAUCUGGUCGCGCGAAACUGUGGGCAUCCUUGGGGUAGACAAAAUCGCCGUUGCGAAAUUGAAGGCUAUACUCCAGGAACGCCUCUUGUCUCUGGACACUCUUACUAUUGACUACUGUGACACUGGAGAUGGAAAGAAAGAUACAGAAGCUACCAUCUCGCUUGCUCAAGAAAUCAUUUCAGGUGGGAAACUUGCCAUUACUUCGUUUCAAGUCUACCUGCAUAUGCGAGGACUUCCCUGGAUAGGAGCCACCUUAACCCUGUACCUUGAUCGAGCCAGACAAGGAGAAGGUUUGGAAUUCGAUCUGCUUCGGAAAGUGGGAUUACAGCUGUCGUCCGGUGGACCUUCGUCAGACCAACUGCUUAGCCAAAUCUUCCACUGCGCGCCGAUGUUAGAAGAUCUCCGCCUGGAGCACUCAGGACGGACAGACGCCCAACUCGUCGACCUCCUGCACCGAGGAAAGUCCGUCUCCCCAAACUGA